AUGACCGUCGAUUCACGGAAAAUUCGUGUUGCGGUACGUGUACGUCCGUUCAACGAGCAGGAACUGGAGAAAAACCCUCGAAAUAUUAUCAAGGUGCUGGAUAAAUCCACCCUCAUGUUCGAUCCGGAUGAAGAUGAGGACGAAUUUUUCUUCCACGGUGUCAAACAAACGCACCGUGAUAUAACGAAGCGCGUGAAGAAGAAGCUGACCAUGGAAUACGACGAUGUGUUCGACAAUACGUCCACAAAUAAUGAUAUAUACGAGGUGUGUAUGAAGCCUCUCGUGCAGUCCGUAAUGAAUGGCUACAAUUGCUCGGUGUUUGUGUACGGUGCGACCGGUGCGGGCAAAACACACACCAUGCUGGGCAGCAGCGAUUGUCCGGGUAUUACGUUUCUGACCAUGAAGGAACUGUUCCGUCAUAUCGAGUCAUUGAACGAGCUCCGCAAGUUUGAUAUUGGCAUCUCCUAUCUGGAAGUCUACAAUGAGUUGGUGAUGAACCUACUUACUAAAAGUGGUCCUCUAAAGCUGCGUGAGGACGCUAACGGUGUUGUGGUGAGCGGGUUGGUACUAAAGCAGAUCCACAGUGCCACCGAACUAUUGGAACUAUUAGCAUUAGGCAACCGCAAUCGAACCCAGCAUCCAACAGACGCAAAUGCGGAAAGUAGCCGCAGCCAUGCGAUAUUUCAGGUUCACAUUCGAAUGGUGGAAAAGAAAACAGGGCAAAAACGAACAGUGAAGUUGUCUAUGAUCGAUCUGGCUGGCAGCGAACGUGCAGCUAGCACUAAGGGCAUUGGGAUUCGGUUUAAGGAGGGUGCCAAUAUCAACAAAUCCUUGCUAGCGCUCGGAAACUGCAUAAACAAGCUGGCGGAUGGGUUAAAGCAUAUCCCUUACCGGGAUUCAAACCUCACACGCAUCUUAAAGGACAGUUUAGGGGGGAAUUGUCAGACCGUUAUGAUAGCAAACAUUUCGCCGUCCUCCCUAACUUACGACGACACCUACAACACGCUGAAGUACGCCUCUCGUGCCAAAAAAAUUCGCACCACUGUUCGUCAAAAUAUUGUUCCUUCGAACGUGCCGAAGGAGUUCCUGGUCAAGAAGGUGAACGAACAGGCGGAGGAGAUCGAGCGGCUGAAGGCAAAGGUGGCCGAUCUGGAGGAGCAACUUCGGAAAAAGGCUCAAACUGUUGUUGAAUCACCGGUGAUAAACGAAACGUUGCUGAACACGUGGAUUUCACGUAUAGACAGCUGCUACGCCAGUAUGCGCGAGGCACUCGAACGCCUGAUCGCAUUGAAGAGCAAGGAAAAGCUGAUAAACAUGCGCGUUAAGUUGAAGGAACAGGCCGAAUCCAUUGCCCGGGUCGUGACGCUCGAUGGAAGUCACCUAAAUGAGGACAUUGCAAAGCUGGAAGCUUCUAUUGAUCGUUGUGGUAAGCAGGUUGCAAACCAACAGGGCGAUAAAUCACGCUGGAGGGAACGACUUCGUCAUGCCCGACGCAAUCGAAACGCCCUUCGGGAGGAGGUAAUGCAAAGCGAACUUGCCACCGUGUUGAAAGGAUAUCUCAGUGGUAAAGAAGCAGAAAUCGAAGCGGUUACAGCAACGCUUUGGAAGGAUCACGUGAUGCAGAUGUCAUUCACAUACGACCAGGAGAACAAACUAUGGCAAAACAUUAUGUUGCUGAGCGGAGACAUUAUACAGCAGAACUAUCUGCUGCUCCGGAACAUGGACCGGUUGGACAAUGUAACGCUGGAAAAGUUAAAGCGCUUGGUGAAACUGAAUCAACGUCAGCGCGGAGUUACCUUUUUCGAUGACGAUUGUCAGCAAGAUCGCAACGACAUUGAUCUCAGUACGAACAGCCUUGACGAUAUUGCCAACUUGUCCGACUGUUCCGAGGAUGCCGUUGACUUCCCGCCAGAAAAUGUAGCAACAUUAACGAGGGCCACCGGUGGAACUAACAAACGGGUGAAACUGAAUGAUGGUAGUGAAUCGGAAUCCGAACCCUACUCAACGGUGCCGGACAGUGAAACGGAAAGCAGCGUGGAUAGGAAUGUUUUCAAGAAACCGAAAACUGUAAGUCGAUCGAUUUCGUUCAAGACCACUACGGCCGGAGGUGCGACGCGACCCAUAAUGUCCCGCCGAACACCGACAAAGCAGUCGAAGGCUACAGCGGGAAUAGGAGCCGCACAACGAUUGAAAGUGCCGCGACUGGUCGUGAACAAUGGUCUUGGCACGAGUGCACUUGUAAGGAAGAAAAUGCCAACUUCUGGCACUAGCCUAGAUGAGAACAAAUCAGACACAUCGGAUGAAUCGAAUGGUAUCGGUAAUAUUGCAAAUUCUACCUUCGAUAUCGUUUCGGCCAAAGACUCGGAAACGGAUUCAUUGUUUUCCAAUGUUCUCGUAGAAUCGAACGUGGAUCCCCAUGUGCUGGACAAAGUGCUUCGUCGUGCGUCUAUGAAGGGCGGCAAAAUGACCCUUUCAGUUAGUAAGGAAAACCGCAAAAAGAGCCCAAAACGCAUCGGAAAGAGCCCCCGCUCGGUGAACCGAACAAACAAUCGAACAAAUGCUUCCGCUAGUUCCGUCAUCAAUCGAUACAGAAUGAUGAAAGCAAAGGACGCUACAGGAUCGUCAAGUGGUACCAGUGGCAGUAGUAGUAGCUCUUCAGUAGCGUCAAAACCACCGACCAUGCGAACAGCCAACAACAACUUUGAAUCUGACAGUGACCGAAAUCGCCACAACCGGUUGAUGGGUAUUGUAAAGAAAUAG